AAGUUUGCUUAAUUCCCUGGAAUAUAAUUCAGAGCUACAAUUUUGCCAUCAAGUUUAGAUCCUUAAUUGAAAGGUGGUUUACAUAAUAAAAGAUGGAAAGUAAGAAUAUCGCACACCUGCCGAUGAUUUUUGCGAAGAAGGUGAUGUCGGCCUCAGGCGAACCGAAGGGAGCCAUCAUCUUUCGAGUUCCUAAAAGCGUCUGGGACUGGACAGCCAGUGCCAACUAUUUUGAACCAAAGAUCGUCUCCCUCGGCCCCUACCACUACCAUGGAACCUUGGUGAAAGGAUCAAAUGGUCAUACGCCAACAACUUUUUCAGGCGCAUCAUCGGCAAGGACACGAAUUUAGAGCAGCACGUUAUCAAGAGAUUCACGGAUUUAGCGGUGGACAUUUUCGAGAGAUUUAAGAAUUUAGAGUUUAAUUCACGCCGUGCCUACUGGCACGAGAUCGACAUGACUAGCAGUAAGUUCCUGGAGAUGAUGAUGCUUGACUGCGUUUUCAUGACCGAGUUUCUCUUGUUGCAACGAGAGAUCAAGAAUAGGCGCCAUGGAACAGAGAUAGAAGAGUACUACUACCCAUGGAAGUGGGCAACCUCAUUGAUUCUCAACGAUAUGUUGAUUCUCGAAAAUCAGUGCUGAGAUGCUCCAAGCAAUGAGAAUACAAUUUACAAAUAAGACAGAUUGCAGUAGCUUAUUGGACAUUACUUUCGAUGAACGCAAGAGAUCCAUGGGCAUUCCUCAACUCCUCAUCGAGGAUGACAACAUCUCCCUCCUCCAAAACCUCAUCGCUUUCGAGCAGCAAUAUUGCCAUGGGCUUGGUUACUGCGUCUCCGCUUACGUUUGGUUCAUGAACUGCUUGAUAAACACAGACAAAGACGCGGCGGUCCUCCGGAAACAUAAGAUCAUCGUCAGCCGCCUGCACAGUGACGAAGAAGUGGCUCGCAUAUUCAACGAGCUCCGAAAAACGGCUGCCACUGUCGUCGACUUCGACCAUUUCUAUCUUGCAGAGGUAAUGAUCAAUGUGGACAGCUACUGCAGAAACAGUUCUAACAGACUUUGGGCGCUAUGGAAUUUCUCAUGGUUGAGGCAAAACUAUUUCAAGAAUCGAUGGGUGACUAUCGGUGUCACUGCAGUUGUUUUGUUCAACCUUCUCACUCUGGUGAAACUAUAUAUGCUAUUCUCAGUUACGCCAAGCAGUGAAAGUAUAUUGUGAAGAAUAAUGAUGGCGAUUGAUUUUAAUUAAUAAAGGUUUAACGCAUAAAUAAUAUAGGAUUGUUUGGACAACUACUUUGCUCAGAUCACAUAUUAUAUUUAAUAUUAUCAUAUUU